CCAACACUGGCCGCCCAGCUGAUGUGAUUUUUGGAUGUCAACCAACGGCUUGAGCUGGAGUUGAGGAAACAAAAACGACGCCAAACGUUAAACGCCUAACACCAAAUGACUGAACUAUUGUAGCGGCACCAGUGAGAGGGACCCCCUAACCAUCAGCCAUAAGUAUUGGCUCAAGAUGAUCAAGUUGCAGUCAUUGCCGGUGAUAGGAACCGGCUCUUAUCACAACUUUCGGUGCGGUGAGGUUCUGUGCAAUAGCCCCAGCAGCUACGACAUAUGCUGUUCCUUAUGCGGGCAGCGGAUGCCAUUUGGCGAUUUUCCGCAACACUUCCGACUGCAGCAUCUCGGAGAGGCGGCGAACGACGACUGCAAGCUAUUCGAUGCCACCAUAAAGAUUGAAGAUGAUCCCAUUGCCCACGAGAGCUUCGAGUUGGAUGAGCAGGAGAAUGUUGAUCUGGAGCACAUAUCAGCGAUCGAUGAGGCCCAGGCUGUGGAUGCAGAUUCCACAGGCCGCCGUGAACGAGAGACUGCCAUGAAAAACACUCUUGUGGAGACAGAGGAGGCGCUUUUGGACUUGGACCCGGACGCAGAGUGGACGGGAGAGGCCAGCGAGCCAAUUGAAAACGCCGAAGAAGAUGAAGAACCACCCCACCUCAAAGACGACACGAAGGACAUGUUGUUCCAGUGCGAUCAAUGCGAUCGUGCCUACAACAGCAAGCGGAGCCUGCAGAGUCACAGACGCGUCAAGCACAACGACAAGGAUGGCACCGUGCGGAAGCGAAAGCGUGGACCGGCAAAGGUCUACACAUGCCCCGAGGAGGAGUGCAACCAGACGUUUCGCACCGAGCGCGAUCUGCACGGCCAUAGAUGGAAGCACACGGGCAUAUUCUGUGACAUCUGCGGCAAACCGUUCACCCAAUCGGGCAACAUGAUGCGCCACCGUCAGCGCCACAGCGGUAUCAAGCCAUACAAGUGCCAGGAGUGCGAGGCUACCUUCUACACCCAGAAGGAGCUCACCUCUCACAACAUUUGCCAUACGGGCCGGAUGCCGUGCAUCUGUGAGGUGUGCGGCCGGCCCUGCCGCGAUCGCGGUGUCCUCACCGCCCACAUGCGACGGCACACUGGUGAGCGUCCGGCUAAGUGUGAGGUGUGCGGUAAAGCCUUCUACAGCUAUCACGACCUCAACGUUCAUGCCGUCUCGCACACCAAUCAUCGGCCCUUCGUCUGCGACGUCUGUGGCUCCACGUUCCAGCGCAAAAAGGCCCUGCGCGUCCACAAGCUGCUGCAUUCCGAGCGGCGCAAAUACCCCUGCAAGAUGUGCGACAAGACAUUUGCCCAGUCCGGCGGCCUCAAUGCCCAUAUGCGCACCCACGAAUUGCCCAAAUCCAAGGGCACUGCCCACACCGCCACCACCACUACCAAGAGUGUCGCAAGCCAACAAGAAGUUGGGCAGAUGGAGACGGUGACCAUCGAGCUGAUCGACGAGAAUGCGCCCGCGUCGACGACAACCAUCACAAUGGCCAUAGACUUGAAUGUGGAGGGAGCGGACACCCAUUCCCAUUCGCACUCCGACACUGGCACUCCGACAGGCGCUGCUGGAAGUGCAAGUGCAACUGCUGGUGCAGGUGCUGGCACUUGGCAUGUCUCGUAGACACGUCUAUGCAACUAAGUAGUUUUUUAAGAGAUUAAGACAUUAGGUAGUUGUCAUGCCUGCCCCGUCUGCCUGCUGUCCACAGGGUACCACAAGGGAGUAUCAGCCUCUUCAGUCGCUAAACAAGAUAGUGGCGGGUAUACGAUAGCCUGCACACGCCGUCUAUAUGGAAUUAUAUACGCUCAAGUGCAAAAAUCCACAAUGGACGUUAUUAAAAACGACAAACAGAAAA